GGACGCUCGCGCACAGCGCACGCGGUACAUAAUAACAGAGAGGCCCUUACGUACCGACGCCCAAAAUUAAUAAAAUUAAAUAUUAAAAAAUAAACCCAAAAACAAAUCCAUAUGGACCUUUGCAUCCCAACCAUCUGAUGCUGCAAAAUCCAUAACGUCUUCCCCUUUCGCAACCGUUAGGGUUUCAGUUUGGUCUCCGUAUUCCUCUUCCUUCCUCCAUUUUUUCAUCCUGAUCUUCGUCUUCUUUUCUCUUCUUGGUUUGAUUUCAGAGAGGGGAUAGGCAGGGGAGGGAAUGAGAGGCUCGAGUUCGGAUUUGUUUGACCCGAGGACCGUCAUGGACUCGGAUCUUUCUCCCACGCCCUCCUCCGACGGCGACUUUGGCUUUGCCUUCAACGACAGCAACUUCUCCGACCGCCUUCUACGGAUUGAGAUCAUGGCCGGCCUGCCCGAUGCCAGGCCCGACGGCGAGGGCUGCUCCACCCUUGCUGAUUGGGCUCGCCAUCGCAAGCGAAGAAGGGAAGAUAUUAAGAAAGAUAACGCUCUUGAUCUCACCACAUGCCCUGAGGAGCAAAUUUUGAAUUGUGACCAGCCUGAUAUUGACGAUGGAAUUGAAAAUCAAGACGAGGAACCAGUUGCUAUGAUUGAAGAGUCUCCAUCCGUUUCAGGCGAUGAAGCUGCAAACAGCAAUGAUUUGACCUGGAGUAUGGAUUGCUCUACUGUUUUGAAAGUUCAAACAUUACACAUUAGUUCUCCUAUUUUAGCUGCAAAAAGUCCAUUUUUCUAUAAGCUGUUCUCAAAUGGGAUGAGGGAGUCAGAGCAAAGACAUGUAACCUUACGAAUUAAUGCCUCAGAAGAAGCUCCUCUAAUGGAGCUCCUGAAUUUCAUGUAUAGCAAUACCCUAUCUACAACUACAGCUCCUGCUUUGCUGGAUGUGCUGAUGGCUGCUGACAAGUUUGAGGUUGCUUCGUGCAUGAGAUAUUGUAGCCGACUGUUGAGGAACUUGCCCAUGACACCUGAAUCAGCAUUGCUAUAUCUAGAGCUUCCUUCCAGUGUCUUAAUGGCUGAAGCAGUCCAACCUUUGACAGAUGCAGCAAAACAGUAUUUAGCUGCUCGAUACAAGGACAUAACCAAGUUCCAUGAAGAGGUGAUGGGAUUGCCUUUAGCUGGAAUUGAAGCAGUUUUGUCCAGUGAUGAUCUCCAGGUUGCAUCAGAGGAUGCAGUAUAUGACUUUGUAUUGAAGUGGGCCAGGGGUCAGUACCCAAAACUUGAGGAUCGGCGAGAAGUCCUUGGUUCACGCCUCGCUCGGUUCAUUCGUUUCCCUUACAUGACCUGUCGUAAGCUUAAGAAGGUAUUAACUUGUAAUGACUUUGAUCAUGACCUUGCAUCCAAGGUUGUGCUUGAGGCCCUCUUUUUUAAGGCUGAAGCUCCACACCGGCAACGAAUGCUGGCUGCAGAGGAGUCUGCUGUCACGAAUCGCCGCUUUGUGGAACGAGCCUACAAGUAUCGACCAGUCAAGGUGGUCGAGUUUGAACUUCCCCGGCAGCAGUGUGUGGUGUACCUGGAUUUGAAGCGGGAGGAGUGCGCAAAUUUGUUUCCAUCAGGUCGGGUGUAUUCACAGGCAUUCCACUUGGGUGGACAAGGGUUCUUCCUCUCAGCGCACUGCAACAUGGACCAGCAGAUGUCUUUCCAUUGCUUUGGGCUGUUUUUGGGAAUGCAAGAAAAGGGUUCAGUGACUUUUGCAGUAGACUACGAGUUUGCAGCAAGGUCAAAGCCAACGGAGGAGUACAUUAGCAAAUAUAAAGGCAAUUAUGUGUUUACUGGGGGCAAGGCAGUUGGCUACCGAAACUUAUUUGGCAUACAGUGGACUUCCUUCAUGGCCGAGGACAGUCUUUACUUCAUAAAUGGCAACCUCCAUCUCAGGGCUGAGCUUACCAUCAGGCACUAACUCUUUCUCAGAGCUUCUAAUCAACUUGUCGCUAACCUUUUAUUUUUUGGGCCCCUUUUUGGCACGAGCAAGACAAAAGCCUAAUUAUGGAAUCAUGUUAUGCUAUUGAUGUUAUUUGAAGUUAAAAAUUAUCCAAAAUAGUCCUUUGUGCCAAAUUGCAAUCGCAAUUAGAAAGGUAGCAAAUGUAAAUGGGGUUGACUUUAUGGAGGUUUUAAGGGUUUCUUUUCUGUUC